ACAGGUAGAGACGCGCGCGCUUUUGGAGUUUCCUUCGCGGUGAAAAUUUCUAAACUCAACUGAAAUUGAAAUUCUCAGCUCAAAAAGUUCUGAAAGCUGAAAAUUGCUGCUGCAGAAUUGCAAUAAAAAAGACACACAGAUAUAUAUAUAUAUAUUCAGAGAUAUAUAUAUGCAACACUGUUAGUGUAUUAGUUUCUGUGUGUGAGAGUGUCUUCGAUACGCAGUGCCCAGCAGCGUGCCGCACUAAAAAGCGUACUACAAGCGCCAGUAGUCGCUCCAAUUGACUUUCGCCCAAAACGCAUUCUUCAGUUGGUCGUCUGCGUCGUGCGUAACGUACCCACACUAACGGUAAAUGUAAAGUUUUGCCAUCAAAAAAUUUAUUACAAAGCCAGUGUCUUUAUGAAUAGAGCUAGACAGUCUGCGGAGUUCGCGAGAAACGCAACGUUAGCCGUUAAAUAAUAAUAAAGUAUGCAGUUAUAAAGAAAACUUAAACUCAAGUCAAAGUCGAAGUCGAAGAAAACAAUAACAAAUACAACAAAUAAGUGUUAUUAUAAUAAUAAUAAAAAAAACUUUGGUGACCUCAGUGUCGUGUGUGUGUUGGCUUAUCAACCGGAAGUAGGCACUAAAAACCGUUACACUCAUAUAAUUGAACAGCGCCUCAGUAGCUCAUUAAUAAGCGACCCCGAAAAAUAUUUAAACAAGUUGUUUGAAAAGUGAAAAGCAUUCCGCGUAAUUUUGCGCGAAAAACUUUCCGUUCCGUUGUUUAGCGCGUUGCGGCAAAGUUUCGACCGCGUCGACGUGUGUCUUGCACUUGGUAUACUUGGGGAAACUUUGUAGCCAACUUUUUAAAGUUCAACCGAAGAAAGUUUUGAAAUUAAGUUGCCAGCCAUUUCGAUUGUUUUUCACCGUUAUUGUGCGUAAAGUUAACGGUGGCAUAGUUUUUGGUCGAGAACGGCAGUGAAAAAAGUGUUGAAAAGAAAAAAAAAUAUUUAAAACAAAAAUUGUGCCAGUGCUCAUAAGUGAAAAGUGUUUAAUAACAAGAAAAAACUAACAAAUCAAGUGCAGUGUUUUAAAAAAAAAAUAUUUUGAAAAUAUUUUGAAAAUCAAAAAAUUAAAUUAAUUAUUUUCAAAACUAGCCAACAAUGCUGCUCAUAUGCUCUAACGCAUUUUAACGCCAUAAAAAUUCCGCUACGCUACAAUUUCCAACAUUGAACGACAUUAGAUUCGUUACGAUUUCGUCAUGGCAUUGUCCAAACGACCACUCACCAAGGAGACCGCUUUGGCUGAAAACAAUAACAACAACAAUAAUAAUCACAACAAAGCCGAGGAACACGAAACGGCAGUGAAGCGUAAAAAGCGCACCAGUCGCGAUGAUGAAGCGGCCAAUAACAAUAAUAACAACAACAACAGCGGCAAAAGCGAUGAUAAAUUGUCAACGUUGCCACAGAAGAAGCGCGCUGUAAGCAGCGGCAAUAAUAACAAUAACAAUAUGACAAAAACAAACACAACGUCGCAUGAUGUUGCUAUGCUGCAAAACUCGGUGCAUAACAACAACAACCUUAGCAAUAUCACCACAAUGCAUUCACCAGAUCGCACACCACCAAUGGUCAGUACAACAACAACGACCAAAACGACCGCGGACGAUCAGGACGACGAGACGCUCAUACGUGAAACACAAGCGGCACUCAAAAGCCUCUCGGGCAGUUGGCCCGCCGAGGCGCGCAACAAUCUGUACCGCCUGCAGGAUCAGGACGAGAAUCCGCCACCCUUUCAGAAUCUCUUCGAGGAGAAACAGAAGUAUGGCACACAAACGCUAGGCUCCAACAAAGAAACACAUUUUCACACUGAUCUCUUACGUUUCCACAGACAAAAGGAAAACGAUCAGGCGCGCAUCAACUCACAGCACUCCGAACACGCCACGUUGGACGAACGUAAACGCACCACAGCCUUCUCGCAAGCGUCCGCCUUCAAGCCACCGAACGAUAUCAAACGUAAUGGACUCAUACCCUAUCCGCCGGGCGCAACAGUUAUGACGUCAGUGGCAUCCACUUUACCGCCACCACCACCGCCACACUAUCCCAUCUACAGCAACAAUGACUCAUCGGCUGCAUACCUGAGUUAUCAGCCACACGCGUUGGGCGAUCCCAACGCAAUGUCCAUGCUGCCGCCCGCGCGCCCAACGCCCACAAACGCCGGCAGCAAUGGCUUCGAUAUCGCCUCGCAAAUCGGCGCCAAUGGUAACAAAAUCACAGAGCUCAAGCCGGCACUCGCCAGCAGCGUGGAGUUGCAUAAGCACAGUGAAGCGCUUGGCGCUGCGGCUAUGGGGGGAGCUGCUGCGGGUGCAACGGUGGGCGAUACCAAGCACUACACCAUUUUGCAACCGGCUGGUGUGGGUAGCCGUGCCGCCUCGGUAAUGCAGGAUAUAGCGCGUGAGGGCGUUGUGACAGCGGUCACAGCUGUGGGCAGCAACAAUAAUAACGGUGGUGGUGUUGGCGCGGCGUUGAGCGUGCCACAGCCGACCUACUCGCCGGGCAGCCUCAAUCGUAGUGAUGGCACCAAGUGCCCCACGCCAAGCUGUAACGGCCAAGGACAUAUCACGGGGCUUUACUCACAUCAUCGCAGCUUGUCUGGUUGUCCAAAACGUGAUAAAGUCACCUCGGAAUCUGUGGUAGACACAUUCAAGUCCGAGCCGAAGGAGUUGCAUCAUUUGGAAAAGUUAAAAAUCGCCACGAAUCAAUACUUGAACAACAACAACAUCAGCUGCAUCAACAACAAUAGCGGACACGUCACGACUGGCAGCAACAACAGCAGCAAUAAUAACAGUAAUACUUCCGCCAGCAGCAACAACACACUCAGCCACAACUCGAGCUCGACGGCGACGACGAAUUCAAGUGCGGCGAGUAACGCAAUGCCAAUUAUCAAAUCGGAAUUCAGUCCGGUCGCCAGCGUCAAGUCCGAAUACAAUAAGAGCCCCAUGCAUCCAUACAUGAACAAUGCGGACAGCACUGGCGGUGGUGGCCCAACAGACCGUUCGGCGCCCAAUAGUGGCACUGUGUCCACUACGAACUCAGAUAAUUUGCACGCGCCGCACUUGAGUGGUGUCCGAAGUGCGACCGGAACACUUCAAGCAUCCGGCUACGUGAGCAUGCAGCAGCAACAACAACAGCCACCCCAACAGCAGCCACAAACGCAUACAAUGGCCGACCCACAUCAACAGCAACAUCAACAACAACAGGCGCAACAACAAAGUCCACAUAAUCAACAUCAACAACAACAGCAGCAGCAACAACAACAACAACACACAUUGCAUCAACAACGCGGUCCAUUCAUCGAAGACUCAUCAGCGUUAAUGAUGUCCGCCGGCAAUGGUGCUUCCGUGAACGGUGCCGAUGCCUAUCGCACCGACGGUCAUCACGAUGACACACAACACCAACAGCAUCAACAACACCACUACGAACAUAUGCGCUAUGCGCAACACAUGGUGAAUGGUGGUGGUGGUGGUGAUGGCAGUCUUGGUGGUGGCAAGCCACCCAGCUCGGCUUAUGGCCAGGAAAUGCUCACAGCCAAUGGUGCACCUUCCAAUGCGCUGUCGCCCAAUGCACGCGCCUACGACAACAACCCACCCACAUCGCUCUCAUCGGCCGCUGCUGCAGCAGCUUAUGCUGAUGCCACCAGUGUGUCCAGUGUAGCCGGUAUGCCGACGGCCUUCGAACGGUACGAUCCCAUUUGCAAUGGUCAGCGUCAGGGACCACCCUCGAAUAUGUAUCACUAUCUGCCACAGUCCGCUGACGAUCUGCAAGUGCAGCAACAGAAAUACUUGCAAGAACAACAAAUGUUAAUGGCCAAAGCAGAGCAUGAUGAGCUCGCCAACGGUGGUCCGAUAUAUCCACGUCCCAUGUAUCACUAUGAUCCGAGUAUGGGCCCAUUGCCACCGGGUUUCUCCGCCAUUAAUUUGUCAGUGAAGAUGGCAGCGGCCCAGGCAGCAGCCGCCGCGGCAGCUUAUCAGAAUCAACAACAGCAGCAUCAGCAACAACAGCAACAGCAGCAGCCGAAGCAAAGCGGUUCACCGUCACCACCUGGCGCUCCGGUCGUAGAUUUGUCCGCAUCCGCCUCGGUGACUUCGUCCAGUCCGCACGGUUUCAACUCGCCAGCAUCACAUAAUCAGUACAGUCAACGUAUGGGCGCCGGUAGUCCACAGCCUGGUGCGAGCCCCAAUAUCGCCAGUCCUCAAGUGCCAAGUCCGCAGGGACAAACGUUGGAUUUGAGCGUCACACGCCUGCCACACAGUAUUAUCACCAGUCCACAGUACGGUGCACAUCCCGACGGUCUAGUCGUCGGCCAUCCACAAGGUUUUGGACCAGGUGUACCACCAACCGGCGCCAACGGUGCGCCACGUUCACCACAAAUGGAACCGGUCGAUUUCAGCGGACCACCACGACCACUUGGUUUCGGGCUGGUCGGUCACAUAGGCGGACCGCGUCCAUAUAGUCGCGAAUCGACACCGGACAGCGGCGGUUCACACUACAUCGACAGCUAUCGUGAUCCAAGUGGCUACUCACCUCAUCCCGGCUAUGGCAUGGUCGUGCAAUCUGAUUAUCCCCCAGCCGGCUAUCAUGGCUACGGUCCAGCCGCAUAUCAAUGCAGCAAUCCUUAUGCGACUGCUGUCGGUCCCGGCGGAUAUCCGACACCCGUAUCGGGCGGCUACUCACCCAGUCCAGCAUCGUGUUACUCCAUGCCGCCGCCACAGCAUAUACCGCAACAUGACAAGACAAAGGAUAGUUUGACUGGAUGCACGCGCAGUGAUCGCAAUCAUCUGCAGCCCCAUUCGCAAGAACUGAAAUGUCCCACGCCCGGCUGUGAUGGUUCGGGUCAUGUUACCGGCAAUUAUUCAUCGCAUCGCAGUUUAUCGGGUUGCCCGCGCGCCAACAAACCGAAGAGUAAGCCACGCGACGGACAGGACUCAGAGCCGCUGAGAUGUCCCAUACCCGGCUGUGACGGUUCUGGUCAUUCCACUGGCAAAUUCUUAUCGCACAGAAGCGCCUCCGGCUGUCCCAUCGCGAAUCGCAAUAAAAUGCGCGUACUCGAGGCCGGCGGCACCGUAGAACAGCAUAAAGCGGCCGUCGCUGCGGCGACUGCGAUGAAGUUUGACGGUGCGUAUGCUCAACAUUUUGGUUGUGGCAGCGCUGCCAGUCAAAGCAUGAAGAAACCGAAAUUCGAUGAUGUUACAAUGGUCUAUCCCAAGGGCUAUACAGGCAUCGAUAUGAUGAUGGGCGGUGUCGGCUCCGCUGUCUCCUCAUCCGCUUCCGUUUCGAGUAAUCACAGCAACAGCAGCAACAACAACAACGCGUCUGUAGUGAGCUCAACAGCUGCGCUGGGCAAUGUCUCGUCGUCGGUGACCGGCACAGCUACACUGCCCGACAGCUUGCAAGGCAACAACACUGCCAACAAUAACAACAACAACCCCGGCAAUAAUGCAACAAAUAAUAACAGCAAUAACAACAAUAACGUGCCCUCAACAAAUGGCGGCGUCGGCGGCGGCAAUGGCAGCGGCGUGGGCGAAGACUUGAACACACUCGAAGCGGAGAUCUCGGAAUUGCAACGGGAGAAUGCACGCGUCGAAUCGCAAAUGAUGCGUCUCAAGUCCGACAUAAACGCCAUGGAAUCACAGUUGCACACCAGCGAUAGGGAGGCUUCUCCGCUGAGUACUCAUCAACAGCGUAAUCUCGCUGCGGUGACUAUCAAUGCUGGAGGAGCAACAGCUCUUGGGAGCGUCUCCUCCAGCGCCUCAAUCGCGUCCCCGCUCAGCAAUCACAACGGCAGCGGCAACACGACCAACGGCAACGGUAACAUCAACCUCGGUAGCAGUGGAGGAAACGGAACCGGCAACAGCAUCAACACGAACACCCUCUCCAGCACAAACAUCUCACACAGCCUCGCCAGCAGUCACGCCGCCGGCACCAUAGGCAGCCACAGUCACAGCGGCAGCUACUUAACACCACCGCCCAGCGUCAGCAUCAGCACUACCGCCUCCUCCACCUCAGCCAGUAGCGGCGGCGGUCCACCCACAUCCAGUUCCUACUACGAGAGUUUACGCAACAACGUGAUCACACUACUUGAGCACGUACGCCUGCCGCCACCCGGCAGCAAUGGUGGCACAAGCAUGAGUGCGAGUCCACUGGGUGGUGGUGGCGGUGGUGGUAAUAAUGUGAGCAGCACCAGCUUAGGCGGUCAUCCCACGGAUGGUAUUGGCAAUAGUUUAUCCUCGAAUCUCGCAGGUUUACCCGCCACCGCUGAGGUGUUAAGUAAUCAACAGUUGACCAGCGCUUACGGUGUGCCACAUCCAACACAUCCCACGCUCAUACCGCCAAGUCCACUGCCCACAGCCUCUAUUGCGCCAACGAAUGUGGUUAGCGGUGCUGUGUCGAUGUACGCCGCGCCACCACAUCAUUUAGCCGGUACACAUCCGGGUAUGUUGGGACCACCACCGCCGCCACCGCCUCCACAUAGCGCCGGAAUGCCGCCACAUCAUCCAUACACGGUGCAUCAUCCAGCGGGUUAUGCUCACCAUGAACCCUUCGACUCAUACAUAUCAAAGCUGCAGUCACUCUGUGUGCCACCCGAUGUCUAUGCGCUACCCGAUGAUGGCAGUCGUGCUGUCUACGAUACCGUCAAGCCGAGUUUGCAUCAAGACUACACGUUAAUGCCGACGCCGAUAUAAACGUGGAUGAGACGUGGGCUGGAGUGGGAGCGUGACUAUUGGGCUUAAUUAGGUGGAAGUGUACAGUUUAGCUGGGAUGCUUUCGGGGAAGGUUCAAACAUGGAAUAUUGGGCGAGAACGUUCUCAAGAUAUGGAACAUAGGACGUGAAACUAGAUAUAGAACUUAGAACGAGAAAGCGCUGAAUGAAAGUAGUAAGAGAAGUGUAAAUGCGGUAAGUGUAAAUUAUAGUAUAAUAUAAUUUUAAGUGGUGCGAGGGUUAGGUAACCUAUAUACCUAUAUAAGUAUGUAUAAAAAGUAGCUAAAGUUGAGAAACGUAUAUAAGUACGAGUAUAGUACCGACUUAUCGGGAUACAUUAGUAAAGCCUUCGAGGACAUAACUCCAUUUCAAGUCUUUUUAAAAAAUAUACUGAGAGCUUUUUGACCUAACAUGUCUGGAUGUACAUAAAAUAAGCUGAAUACGAGUCUCAACCAAGAAGCUUUCACUCUUCAAAUUAUGCAUAAACCAUUCUAAAUUGUUUCCAGAUCCCAGUACGAAAGUUAAAACCUUUUAUGGCUAUGGAAAAAUAGUGUUAUAGCUUCAUCCAUGAAAGCUGUAUUGGUGAAAGCUUCGUCGAAAGCUCUUAUAAUGAAAAAGCUCUUAUAAUGAAAAAGCUCUUAUAAUAAAAUGAAAGCUCGUGUACAGUAAAGGCAAAUAAGAAGAUAUCUUCAUCAAUGAAAGCUGUAUUGGUGAAAGCUUCGAUGAAAGCUUCGGCGAAAGCUCUUAUAAUGGCAAAGCUCUUAUAAUAAAAUGAAAGCUCGUGUACAUUAAUGUCAACUAAGACGAUAUCUUCAUCAAUGAAAGCUGUAUUGGUGUAAGCUUUGGUGAAAGCUUCGACGAAAGCUCUUAUAAUAAAAUGAAAGCUCGUGCAUAUUAAAGGCAUCUAAGGCGAUAUCUUCAUCAAUGAAAGUUGUAUUGGUGAAAGCUUCGAUGAAAGCUCGUAUACAUUAAUGACGGCUAAGAAGAUAUCUAAUGUUUUUGCCAAUUUACUUUCAUAUUUGUUGUAAUUUUGUAUAUAAUUUAGUAGAAUAAAAACAAAAAUAAAUAUUUAGAAAUAUGAUCACUAUAAGUAUAGCGAAAAGACAGGUAUCAAGCAUUAGCCUUACAAAAUCCAUUUAAAAAAUCUGUAAAAUAUUUACUAUUUAUUUUGAAAUUAUCAACGAUUUCUAACUGUAUAUAUUAUAUAGAUGUGUAUUUGUAAUUAUGUAGAUAAAAGGCGAUAACUUUAAGAAUAGUCAGAGAUUGAAGUAUGUGUUCGGGAACUAAAUGCUAGUCAAAAUACUAGUAAAGUAACUAGGUAUUGUACUUUCUAGAUAUCUAUAAUAAUAGAUAAUCGAUCUAUGCGUACUCAAAAUCUAUGUUAUUGUUGUUUUAUACAGUUAAAGCAACAAAUAAGUAUAGAACCAGUUUCACUGUAAAAAAGUAUACGAAAAUAUAGGUCUCUGCGAAAGCUUUCUGCUGGUUAAGUUUUAAAAAAAGCUUCGGCGAAAGCUGUAGAGACAUAUGUUAUAUCAUCUAGUCUUAUAUUACUGAGAAAGAAAGUUGGUGGAAAAUGAGUAUGCAAGUGGCGCAGUAUAUUAUAAAUUGUAUAUACGAGUAUAUUUCUUUGAAAAGAUCAAAUUUGCUGCUUAAAUUCGUCAAAACCCUAGAAAGUAAUGUGCUCAAUUGCUAAAUGUAUGUAUGUAAAUGUAAAUUAUUUAGAAAUAUUGAAUUCAUAAUUGAUGUGCAGUUCCGCAAUACAGCGAAGUAUUAGAGAAACCCCCCACUAUUUCGCUAUGGCUGAGUAAAUAUAUAUACACUAUAUAUAUAUAUUUAUGUAUAUAAGAUUGUACAUAUGUACAACUAAAACUUAUGUAUGUAUGUUUCUAAGUGUGAAAUAGGUUUUCUAAGCACCAUUAGGGGUAUUCCAGCUUAUAUUAAAUAAUUUUAUAAGAAAUUUUGAAAAAAAAAAUUUACUUGUUUUCUGUUAAUAUUAAAAAGGGUGUAAGUAGAAAUAUGUAAUUUUGAAAUUUGUAAUGAAAUAUCAAGUUGUUUUUGUAUGUUGUUUUCACACACACAUUUUUGUUGUAGCUAAUUAAAGUAUAAAGUAAUAAUAUAAUUAAACUAAAAAUAAAUGAGAAUAAUUAAGUAUGAGGAUAGUAUACAUAUAUGAAAGAAGUUUAAAUCAAAAUUUGUAUUUAAUUCAAUUAGACUAUUUCAAUAAGUUGUCAAACAAGUAAAAAUAAGAAAUUAUAUAAAAAAUUUAAUGAAAGUAGAUGAAAAUGAAGAAAUUGAAUUGAAAAUAAAUUUAAAAAAUAUAAUAACAAACUGUAAAAUACAAAUAAUAUUGAGUGUAAUGCGUACUAAUUUAUAUUAAAGUACAUAAAGAUAUAUAUAUAUAUACAUAUAUAAUAAUAAAUAUGUAUAUAUAAGUAUGGGUCUGUAUGUAUAUAUAAACUGGCAAUAUGAAAGCUGUUCUUGCGUGUAUUAAAAAACAUUAGUAAUAUACUUAGCAAAUAGCAACAACGCAGAUAUCAACUAAAGUGCAAUAAAAAUAGUAAUUUUAAGUGAAAAUAAGCUUAACUCAAAAAUGAAAAAAUUAAUAGUAAAGUAUACAUUAAUAUUUAAAAAUAGAAAUAGAAAAAGAAAAAUUAAAAGUAAAAGAGAAAAAGAAAAAUUAAAAGUAAAAGAGAAAAAGAAAAAGAAAACGAAAUAAAGCUCAAAAUAAAUAAUAUAUUGAAAAAAAAGUAGAAAAAAAAUUAAAAAAAUAUAUAAAAAAUAAAAUUUUAAAUACUCAAAAAAAACAAAAUACAAUUACAAAAACAUUCCAAAAUUUUGUCAAUAAAAAUUAAAAAAUAAAUUAAAUUUGUAAAAAAUGAAAUCAACAGUGUCUAAAUAAGACACUUACAGCAACACUGAAACUGAAUAAUAAAAAAAAAAAUAAAUACAUAUAUAUAAAAAAACAGUUAAAAAUAUAAAUAGAAAACUAUAAACAAAAAAAAAGCAUAAAUUACGCUGAACAUUUUAAUAAAAAAUAUAUUUAAGAAAACAACAAAAAAGCACAAAAGCGCUGAUUUCGCAUAUUGUAUGUAACACAUCAUAACGACAACUCUAGUAUUAUUAGACAUAAGCAAGUGUAGAAGAAAGAAAACUCAAGAAAAAAAACACAAAAACAUAUUUAAACCCUACUUAUCGACACUAUUGGAAUAAGCCAAAAGCGAAAUAACAAGAGAUUGUAUUGAUAAAUGAUAAAUAAAUGUUAAAAUCUAAUUUAGAGAUUAA